UCUGCAGGCCUGGGAAGAGGAAGAGGAGGAGGAGGAGGAGGAGGAGGAAGGCGAGGCAGAGCAGCAGCAGCAGCAGCGGCGGCGGCGGCGGCGAGGGAGGAAGGAAGGAAGGAGGUGGCGAUGCCGAGCAAGAAGAAGAAAUACAACGCCCGCUUCCCCCCGGCCCGGAUCAAGAAGAUCAUGCAGACGGACGAGGAGAUUGGCAAGGUGGCGGCGGCCGUGCCCGUGAUCAUUUCCCGGGCGCUGGAGCUCUUCCUGGAGUCCUUGCUGAAGAACGCCUGCCACGUCACGCAGUCCAGGAACGCCAAGACCAUGACCACGUCCCACCUGAAGCAGUGCAUCGAGCUGGAGCAGCAGUUUGACUUCCUGAAGGACCUGGUGGCCUCCGUCCCGGACAUGCAAGGGGACGCCGAGGAGAACCACGUGGAGGGAGAGCGAGCGCCCCGGAGGGGCCGGAAGCCGGGCAGUGGUCGGAAGAACGGCGGCACCGCGGGCAAAGGAAGGGACGCCAAGCAGUCGGGCACCGAUUCGGAGCAAGAGGAUGACACGGAAGACAGCGAGAGCAACGGAGACGAGGAAAUGCCCCAGGCGACCCCGGCCGCGCGACCCACCACCCACCUCUCCACCCUGCCCUCAGACAAUCGGUCCGGUGCACAGCGUAUGAAGGGAAGGUGCGAUAGAGGAAACUGUCAAUCACACACCAGGGUUUUUCCCGACAUUCAGACCCAUCGAUUCGGAAGGAAACUCGAAAAGCGAGCCAGAUACUCACUGCUGAAGUAUCCGCGGCUGUAGGCGUACCAGACGCCGAGGAUGACCAGCGCCAGGACGAGGAGGAUGACCACCACCGCGGCCACGAUGCCGCCCACGUUGACCUCGCCUAAAGCGGGCAGAAAUGUCAGAAAUAAAAUUAAUACAUAAACAAAAACAAGGUUGGACUACAACUCGAGAGUAUAUAGAGUAAAAUAAUAAAUGCAAUAACAAGAUCAGAGUAAAAUAAUAAAUGUAAUAAUAAUAAUAAUAAUAAUAAUAGAGUAAAAUGAAUGUAAAAGUAGCAACAAUAAUAGAGAAAAAUAAUAUAUGUAAUAAUACCGAUAAUAAUAGAGAAAAAUAAUAAAUGUAAUAAUACCAAUAAUAAUAGAGAAAAAUAAUAAAUGUAAUAAUAGAGAAAAAUAAUAAAUGUAAUAAUACCAAUAAUAGUAGAAAAAAUAAUAAAUGUAAUAAUACCAAUAAUAAUAGAGAAAAAUAAUAAAUGUAAUAAUAGAGAAAAAUAAUAAAUGUGAUAAUACCAAUAAUAAUAGAGAAAAAUAAUAAAUGUAAUAAUACCGAUAAUAAUAGAGAAAAAUAAUAAAUGUAAUAAUACCGAUAAUAGAGAAAAAUAAUAAAUGUAAUAGAGAAAAAUAAUAAAUGUAAUAAUACCGAUAAUAAUAGAGAAAAAUAAUAAAUGUAAUAAUACCGAUAAUAAUAGAGAAAAAUAAUAAAUGUAAUAAUAGCAAUAAUAAUAGAAAAAAAUAAUAAAUGUAAUAAUACCGAUAAUAGAGAAAAAUAAUAAAUGUAAUAAUAGCAAUAAUAAUAGAGAAAAAUAAUAAAUGUAAUAAUACCGGUAAUAAUAGAGAAAAAUAAUAAAUGUAAUAAUAGCAAUAAUAAUAGAAAAAAAUAAUAAAUGUAAUAAUACCGAUAAUAGAGAAAAAUAAUAAAUGUAAUAAUAGCAAUAAUAAUAGAGAAAAAUAAUAAAUGUAAUAAUACCAAUAAUAG